GCGAUACGAGAUCGACCAUACAUGCGCCGAUGGAAAAUGCUGAAAGUGUUUCCUGAUCUAGGAAACAAAUGAAGCAGUAUAUUCGACGAAUGCAUACCAUUCUGAGUCCCUAGGAUAUUAAUAUUCCUGUAUAUCUACUCUGCAAAGCCUCCAAUCACCGGGAAAAUGGAGACCGAGGCAGACGUCUCGGACCCAGCGGUGAAAAAUGAACUGAUUUCCGACGAAGCCGAAGCUGCCACGGACGAGGUUGAAUCGCCAACAGAGACACAAGUAUCAGAUGAACAAGUAUCAUCUGAAGUCGCCGAAAUACCGUACGAAGGACCAACUUAUAGUUUAGAGGACAUGAAUGAAAUUCGCAAAUGGUGGGAAAUUCCGUGUGUGGCCCACUUUUGCUCCCUGUUUCGUGCUGCAUUUGAUCUCCCUGAUUUUGAUAUUGAGGAACUGGAGGAAGCCCUUCUGGCGUCAGGAACACCUGAGGGAAGUAUGCUGAUGUGUGACCUUAUAUCCCAACUGUUGAAUGGAUGCUAUGGAAGAAACGAUAUCAAGUCCUACAAUUUUGAAGUAUAUUUGAGGGACAUAUUUAAGCAGAGAUGGCAGAAGGACCAGCAGAUAACUAACCCCUUGGCAGAGACCAGCUUCCAGGUCCUCACAGUGCGCACCAAGCUCGAACUGUUGCAGGCUUUGUGUGACUUCCGACUGGAUGCUGAUGACGUGCAGGACCUUCUUAAGGGACUUGAUGGCGACAACCUGCGAGUGGAGCCGAUGGGAAGGGACCAGAAUGGAGGGAUUUACUGGUAUUUCUAUGGAGUCAGACUUUACAAGGAGGAUCCAGAAAUUAAACCAGAUAAUACAAAGAAGAAACCGGAGCAGAAAAAGAAUGCAAAGAAAACCAAAACUCCAGUAGUAAAGAAGAAGAAGUCAAGAACACGCCCAAGGAGAAGUGGAAGGAGAAAGAGAGCAUCAGGGAGGAAGGGCCGCUCAAGGAAGAAGGUAGAGGAGGAAGAUGCGGAUCAGAAAGAGGAUGAAAGUGCAUUGGAAUUAAAGGCAGAAGAAGAAAUGGAGGUGGAAUCCAAGGAGUCUGCAUCAGUGAACAACAGUAUGGAGGGUGUAGAUGCAAAGGGGCAAGAUGGGGAUGCGGCAGAAGAAGCUGCCCCAGCAGCAGGAGACGACACACCAUCACGACGCAGCAGCCGACUGAGUCGCAGGGCCAAGGCAACUGUUUCACCAGCUGUACAGGAAGACACCAGUGAAGAUGAUGCGACAGAAGAGGAAGAGGAUGAAGCAACGGAGGAGGAAGAAGAAGCGGAAGUUUCUGAGGACAAUGAAGAUGUCCCUCUGUCUGUUCUGAAGGAGGAUGCAGUGCCCGUAGAUCGGUGGCACCUGGUGUGCCAGAGUCUGGAGGACUGGGAAGAGCUAGCCGAGAACUUCAAGGAGAGCAAAGUGAGAUGUGAGAAGAGCCUGUACAGGACAAUUACCGAGGACUUCCUCCCAGAGAUACCACGUAUCAUGGAAGAGAAGGAGCGUGACAUGAAACGACGAGCCUUGGAGAAUGCCCCGAGACGGACAUCAUGUAGACUAGAGGAGAAACAGAAGCAGAGGGAGGAGGAGGAGAAGCUGCUGGCCCAGAUGCUGGCGGCUGAGGAGAAGGUGGCGUCACGCGGAGGAAGAGGAGCGAAGGAAGAUGCUAGAGCUGGAGAAGCUGGAGAUCCAGAAGCGUCAGCGUGAGGAACGAGAGAAGCAGAGAGAGAGGAUGAGAGAAGAGCGAGAGAAGGCUGGAGAAAGAAGAGCGGAGCGUGCUUCGUUGCGGGAGGAGAAAGCACGCCUGUAUGCGGAGCGGGAUCGUCUCCUAGCAGAAGGCUUGGAGCUGCCCCCUGAGCUGCAGAACCUGGACUCCACAAAUGGGCACCGGGA